AUGAUCGAUCUCUUCUCCUCUAUGAACGAGCCAGAAGCCACAGUAAGCAGUGUGUUAAAGCAUAUUCUGGAACUUGGGCUUCGCCACAGCGAUCUGGAUUCGUAUCCAGAAGGUGUUCGGAUUCCAAUCUUAGAGAUCAUUGCAUGCUUAAAAGAUGAUAUAAACAGUCAGGGAGAUGUCAAUACGUUUAUGCUAUUGCAACGAAACGACCUUUUAUCAACAUUGAAUGGGCUAGAAAAACCCGUAAGCUACCACUCUACAAAGGAAACUCAACCACAGGAAAUAAAGACUAUCACGCAGAAUGUUGGUGAACAUGAGGGUAUUGGAGCGUGGGAUGGUCAAUCAGAGGCAGAUAGAAUUGCUAUAUCUAGACUCAUAUUUUCUGAAGACAAGAGAUUCUAUGAAGUGUCUAAAUUGCUGCAAUCAUCCCGAGGUCAUACUGCAACAUUGGUUCAACCACCUGACUCUAAUGAAAAUGACUGGCUAGCAAAACAGCAAGCAUUAUUUAAAGCAACAGCAUUAAGAACAUAUGCUAUUCCAUUUGGACGGGCAGCGUUGUUCUAUUCGUCCCGACGCCCUCUGGCUACAGAAAAGUAUCUCAUUCCCAGACUAAACUUUAAUGUGGUUAUUCGUCCUUCAAACGUGACAAUACUGACGCCAAAGUCGUUUCUUCAAGAAGAAAAUCUUGCAUGGGCACAUUUUCACAACGGAGUAUCAGCAGGAUUAAGCAUUUCCACCGAAUACAAUCAUAUCAGUGGGAGCUGGAUUGUAUUCAAUAGACCACCAAGUCUGAACUCGCAACAUGCAGGAUUUUUAUUGGGACUGGGUCUUAACGGUCAUUUAACAAAGUUGAAGGAAUGGCAUAUCUACAAUUAUUUGGGACCCAAGCAUAUCCCCACUAGUAUUGCCCUACUGAUAGGUAUGGCUGCCAGUCAAAUGGGAUCUUGUGAUAUCAAGCUUACCAAAGUACUUUCUGUCCAUGUGGCGGCAUUGCUACCAAUGGGCUCUAGUGAUCUAAAUGUUUCUACACUUGUGCAAAGUUCCGGAUUAAUUGGUGUGGGACUUCUUUAUUGCAAUAGUCAGCACCGUCGGAUGUCUGAGAUUCUGCUUUCAGAAGUAGACACUAGUGCUAUCACCCAGCAAAGUGUUGAAAAGGAUGAGGGUUACUGUCUUGCAGCAGGCAUAUCUCUUGGAUUUAUUAAUAUUGGCAAAGGAAACGAUUUGAAGGGCUUGUCGGAUGUGCAGGCGGUUGAAAGGCUUUUGGAGAUGGCUGUAAAAACCAGCGAUAUUCAGAGGACCCAAAAUUUCGACAGAUCAGUUCCAGGUGCACUAAUGGCACUGUUGUUCAUGUUCCUGAAAACAAAUAACAAAUCAGUUGCGGAAAAAAUAAGCAUUCCAGAGACAGAACAGAGAUUGACUUAUAUUCGACCAGAUUUCAUUCUACUUCGAACCCUUACAAAGAGUCUAAUUCUGUGGGACUCAAUCGGACAGGAUAAAAACUGGGUCGAUAGUGCUAUACCAAAGAUUCUAGUCAAGUCUAAUUUGGAAGAUAUUAGCCAUCUCGAUGGCGAUCAGAUGGUCUAUUAUAAUAUGAUUGCUGGACUGUGUCUUGCGAUGGGUCUAAAAUACGUAUCUACUGCAGAUACCCAGGCAAAGGAAACACUCAUCUGGUAUUUUGACCAGUUCAUACGACUGUCUGGGUUAUCUGCUCAUAGCAAGCAUGACGGUCUCGUCACCCGACAGUGUCUGAUGAAUUGUCAGGGAGUAGUGUCUCUUGCACUGGCAUCGGUAAUGGCUGGUACAGGAGAUCUGGAUGUGUUGAGACGAUUGCGUAGGCAAUAUGGCCGUGUUUCAAAAGAAGUCACAUUUGGAAGUAAUAUGGCCAAUGAAAUGGCAAUGGGACUGUUGUUUCUCGGAGGUGGUCAAUAUUCAUUAUCCAAUUCCAACCUUGCUAUCGCAUGUUUAGUCGUUUCAUUCUAUCCAUUACUGCCCACUCAUCUAGUAGACAGCAGGUCUCACUUGCAAGCACUUCGACAUUUCUGGGUGCUAGCAGCUGAACCUAGAUGUUUAGUAGUCCGAAACGACACUUCUAAAGCACCCGUGAGCAUUGACGUGGUGAUCCGGCUCAAAAACCACCAGAUUGUUCAUCGCAAGGCACCAUGUCUUCUCCCUCCUCUUGACGAAAUAAUGGCCAUAUCCACCAACAACAGUAAAUACUUCCAAGUCAAUAUCGACCUCACCGAUGAAAACAGUCCACUAGCAAAAGCAUUCAUCAACAGUCGUACUCUAUUUGUCCGCGACAAAAUGGUCACUAAUUCUGGCAAUUCGUCGAACUUCUCAGCCACUCUUGAAGCGCUGAUUGGAAACCCCCACGGGGUCAAAGCUAGCAAGGGCAUGAACCAGCUGCUCAGCAACCUGUCAUCAGUGUCCACCUUAGAUAAACUUCAGAAGAACGUGCUGGUAUCAACCGAACCAAUUGAUGACAAACUGCGGUCCACAGCAGUCGACCUCAAACUGACACUGGAGUCAAUGGCCAAAUCACCGCUGUCAGUCGAUGACCUGUGGAAUCUUCGACUGCUCUUUGCAUUUGACGACAAAUGGGCUGGCGAUUCCGACGUCAAGAUCCUCUCAAAGUCGGUUAUCGACGACGUCAAACUCCUCCUCUGGAAGACCCGCGAGGCUAUAUCCACUAAAUAG